GGAGACUGCUCGUCGGACGUAUCAAGCGUAUCAAGGAUAAGGAGGAUGCUCGCUCUGCGUCGUAGUAUCCGCCGCUUCUCGACGGCGGCGCCGCGCAAGGAGUACCCGACGUCCUUCAUCUCGCACCUGCGCACGCAGAAGCUCAACGUGUUCAACAUCGGCGUCGCGUUCCUGACGCUGUCGCUGUCGUCGCAGCUGGUCACGUACAAGCAGAAGUACGAGAAGGCGCUGGCCGAGCAGACGCAGCUGGGCGACAAAGUGGCGGUGCUGGAGAAGCUCGUGCUAGACCUGGGCGGCGCGCUGCCUGACGACGAGGCGCUGGCCAAGGCCCGUGACGCGUCCCAGGAGGCCGAGGCCCAGGCGCUGCGUGAGCGCGAGGAGGAGACCAAGGCGCUGGCGGCUCUCACGGCGACGGACGACAGGAAGGGCAAGAAGAGCAAGCUUAUUUAGGCCAGACACACAGGGGAGGCAGACAGAGCUCGGUCAUAGAGGAAAAAGGCCGGCUGGCUGCA